AUGGACGCCGGUCACAUCAUCUUAGGGCGGCCUUGGCAGUCUGAUAGGCUUGUGAUCCAUGAUGGAUUCACAAACCGCUACACUCUCCUUCAUGAGGGCCGUAAAACUACUUUGAUUCCCUUAAGCCCACAAAAAGUCUAUGAAGAUCAGUUACAACUUGCUGGAAAAGAAGUCAAGCCACCUAAACCACCUAAGCAAAAGAACUUCCUGGUGAAGCCAAAACAGGUUAAACGUUCCUUGAACUUAAACAAACCUUUUCUCUUAUUCAUAUAUAAGGAACAUUUGAUUGGCUUGACUCACACUCCACCGGAGAUUCCGAGUGAACUAGCUCAAAUUUUGCAGGACUUUAGCGAUGUUUUUCCAGAUGAUAGUCCACCAGGCUUGCCUCCUGUCCGAGGUAUUGAGCACCAGAUUGACUUUGUCCCCGGCUCCACUUUACCAAACAGGCCGGCUUACAGAACCAAUCCGGUUGAGACCAAGGAGCUUCAGCGCCAAGUGGAUGAACUCAUGGAGAAAGGCCACAUUAGAGAGAGCAUGAGCCCUGUGCUGUUCCUGUUCUUCUUGUUCCUAAGAAGGAUGGAAGCUGGAGGAUGUGUGUCGACUGCCGCGCCAUCAAUAACAUCACUGUAA